AUGCUGUCCCAGCAGAGACCCAGCCUGGGCGAGCCCCGCCGUGCCAGCCCCCCAGCCCACGUGCGAGUGUGCAUCUGCCUGCGCCCCUGCACCCAGGGGGACCCCUGCAUCCGCAGCCUCGAUUCCCGCUCCCUGGAGAUUAUCAACUGGAGGAACAAGAUGGAGACUAUGCAGUACCAGUUCAACACCUUCUAUGGCGAUCAAGCUACUCAGCAUGACAUCUACACCGGCUCCGUGCAGCCUGUCCUGUGCCACCUGCUGGAGGGGCAGAACGCCAGUGUGCUGGCCUAUGGGCCUACCAGUGCUGGUAAGACAUACACCAUGCUGGGCAGCCCAGAACAGCCAGGUGUGAUCCCACGGGCGCUGUGGGAUGUCCUGCAGAUGACACGGGAGGCGAGCUGCUCACCCGGGGCUGAGGAGUGGGACUUCUCCGUCUCCAUGUCCUACCUGGAGAUCUACCAGGAGAAGGUGCUGGACCUGCCGAUCCGGGAGGACCGGGACCAGAACAUCCUGAUUCCGGGGCUGACUGAGCAGGAGCUGAGAGGCUUUGGGGACUUCGAGCAGCACUUCCUGCCAGCCAGCCGCAACCGCACGGUAGCCUCCACUCAGCUCAACGACCACUCGAGCUGCAGCCACGCCAUGCUGCUGGUGCGGGUGGCACGGAGCCAGCGGGUGCCCCCCCACCGCCGCCAUGUGGCCAAGCUCUGCCUCAUCGAGCUGGCUGGCUCUGAGGACAACCGGCGCACUGGCAACCGUGGCCUGUGGCUCAAGGAGAGCGGAGCCAUCAAUGCCUCCCUGCAUCUGCUCAGCAAGGUGGUGGAUGCCCUCAACCAGGGGCUGCCCCGCGUGCCGUACCGCGACAGCAAGCUCACCCGCCUGCUGCAGGACUCCCUGGAGGGCUCGGCUCACAGCGUGAUCAUUGCAAAUGUCGCCCCGGAGCAACACUUUUAUUUUGACACACUGAGCACACUGAACUUAGCUACCAAGUCCAAGCAGGUGGUGAACCGGCCCUUCACCCAGGAGACACUGCAGGCCCCAGCUGCACACAAGAGACCUCCCGAGGACCCUGGAGCUGGCAGUGAGGGUGCCGGCCCCGGAGCCAAGAGACCUCCCGAGGAGGAGCCCCCCGAGGCUGAGCCGCUCAGCUCCCUCAGCGGGGGGGCCGGGCAGAGGCUGCCGCUACUCAGCACCCCCCGGCGGGAGCGGGUGGCCGUGCUGCGCCAGCUGGAGGAGACGCGCCGUGAGCUGCAGAAGCUGAAGGAGAGGCAGAAGGAGCGGGAAGCCGUGGCGCUGCUGGACAAGGCCUGUCAGCCCAAGCCUCUGCACCACAGCGAGGCCCCCGCCGGGGCCCAGAAACAGACUGUGGUCCUCCCCCUGCAGCAAGUGCAGACCCCCGUUGGGCAGCAGGCCAUGCCCAGUGGAGCCGAAGGGUCAUGGCGUCACGAACAGGAUCUUGGGGGGUCCCCCGCCCACCAAAUACUAACGGACCUGGUGCAAAAACUAGAAGGGGUUCGGAAGCCCAAGAAACUGUGGCCUGAUGUAUACAAACCCCAAAAGGUGGCCACAGUUGCCUGUGAAAUACUGGCCCAGGCCCUUGAUAAGGAAUCACCUGCCAUGAUUGCCACCCCGCCUCGAGAAAAACCCCUGGUUGCCUGGUUAAAAGCCUACGCCCUGCAGGGGGUCCUCAUCGGGAACCUUUUAACUUUACAGCAAAUCCGUGGACUGUCGCUUGGUCUGGAGGCCCUCACCAACAUCACAGCCGAAGGGCUUCGUCGAACCAGCGACGCGCUCACAAUCCUGGCCAACUACGCCAAGCAGAACCAUCUCCUAAUCCAGACCAUCCUACAAAAGGACUUGUAUCCCCUACCUGCUGAUGUCGCCAUGGAGCAACACUUUUAUUUUGACACGCUGAACUUUGCUGCCAAGUCCAAGCAGGUGGUGAACCGGCCCUUCACCCAGGAGACGCUGCAGGCCCCAGCUGCACGCAAGAGACCUCCCGAGGACCCUGGAGCUGGCAGUGAGGGUGCCGGCCCCGGAGCCAAGAGACCUCCCGAGGAGGAGCCCCCCAAGGCUGAGCCACUCAGCUCCCUGCUGCCCCUGGAGCAGCUGGACCCAAGGCUGGUGCAGCGGCUGCUGGUGCUGGAGCAGCUGGAGAAGCAGCAGGGGGGGGCCGGGCGGAGGCUGCCACUGCUCAGCACCCCCCGGCAGGAGCAGGUGGCCGUGCUGCGCCAGCUGGAGGAGACGUGCCGCGAGCUGCAGAAGCUGAAGGAGAGGCAGAAGGAGCGGGAAGCCAUGGCGCUGCUGGACAAGGCCUGUCAGCCCAAGCCUCUGCACCACACAAGUGCAGACCCCCGUUGGGCAGCAGGCCAUGCCCAGUGGAGCCGAAGGGAUCCUGGUCAUACAAAGGAAGCAGGGGCCGAGAACCGGGCCCUGGGCUGGGAGCUGGUGUCGUGCCCCGACCUGCUGGCGCGGAGCCGGGAGAACCUGCUGGCGCGGCUCAAUGAGGGCGAUGCCAAGGAGCUGCAGGCCCUGUGCAGCAUCGGGGACAAGAGAGCCCAGCGCAUCCUGGCCUGGAGACAGCAGCACGGGCCCUUCAGCCAGGUGGAGGACCUGCAGCAGGUGGAGGGGAUGACAGCCCGACACGUGGCCUCUUUCCUGAAAGCAAACCUGCUGAGCGCCCUGGGCUGCGACCCGUUCGCGCUCCCGCCCCCCGCUCAAUAAAAGUCUCUGUAUCUGUCAAAAAAGAAAACCUGAGAUGCAGAAAAGGAGGACUUGGGACAAGAUUUUGCAGAAUUCAUGGCAGAGUCACAGAGGGAAAACUAUGCUGUACAUUAAGACCCAGAGGUAGAAAGAAAUACAGAAGAUCCUUGCAGCUGCCAAGGAUAAAUCACAGUGGCCAGGGAAAGUGUCACUGUGGCCAAGAACAGUAUUGUCAUGGUGAAGGAGAGCAUGGGAAGAGACGCAGAGGCAGAGGCAACUCAGACACUACCCUAAGCCAGAAUGCCCUCCUGCUAAGCAAGCAGGCCCUGCAGGCCCAUAAUUUGGGACCCAGCCAUGUCCUUCAGUCCCUGGACUAUGCUGGCUACUGAGACAGAAGCCGCUCCUACCCUCCGCAUCCCUGCAGCGGUGCUUCCAGCAGAACCCAUUCACUUUGGUGUGCAGAGGUAAGAUCUGAGAAGACACUUGCACCUGGGAGACCAGCUCUUUUGAGCCCUGCAACCCCCCUGAGAAUUUUGAGCUGAGGCAGUCAGUCCCAGAGCCGAUGCCAGUAAGAGGAGACAGAGACAAGGCAUAUAUUCACCUGUAACUUUACACAAUCCCUCCCUCCCACAACAAAACUGUUGUGUAUUUAAAGUGGUCUGGCUGUUGCACUUUGAACUUUGUUUGCACUGUUGCAGGAAUUAAAGUAACCAACUACACACAAACUUUUAAGAAGAUUAUGUUUAGA